AUGCAGUUCACUCGAGCUAAAUUUGAAGAGCUGAACAUGGAUUCCUUCAAUAAGUGCGUUCAAACUGUGGAGGCCUGUUUAAGCGAUGCAAAGAUGGAGAAAUCGGAUGUAAACAAUGUGAUACUUGUUGGUGGCUCAACUAGAAUACCAAAGGUACAAUGUAUGUUGCAGGAAUUUUUUGAAAGGAAGAAGCUAUGCAUGAGCUUGAACCCUGAUGAGGCUGUUGCAUAUGGUGCAGCUGUUAUGGCUGCAAAGUUAAGUGGUAACAAUCACAAGAGUUGUCGAGAUUUGUUGUUAUUGGAUGUCACUCCUUUGUCCCUUGGUGUACAAGUAAAAGGAGAAGUAUUUAAUGUUGUGAUCCCACGGAACACUUUAAUACCUACGAAAAAAUCCAAAAAAUUUUCUACUACUAAGGAUGAUCAAUCCAGCGCCCAUAUCAAGGUAUAUCAAGAUGAAAGAGCAAGAUCUACAGAUAACCAUUUGUUGGGGAAGUUCAAAAUUUCAGGAAUACCACCAUCUCCAAAAGGAGAUGCAAAGCUGGAGUUGUGCUUUGAAAUAGAUGUUAACGGUAUCCUAACGGUCAAUGACAAGAUAUCGAAAGAGAAACUCACAGUUACCAAAGAAAAUGGAAGACUCUCAACCGAACAAAUUGAGAGGAUGAUAGAAGAUGCUAAGAAGUAUAAACAGGAGGACGAAGAAUAUGAAAAGAAAGUCGAUGCAUUGAAUGCAUUGAUGGAUUGCAUAUACAACAUGGAUGAUAGGAUAAAAAGUAUGAGGAGAGGUAGAGGUAGGAGGAGGUUGAGGAAAAUGGAGGAUGCCAUUGUUGACACGACCAAAUGGAUCGAGCAAAACAAAGCUGCAUCUGUUGAUGAGGUUCAGCGCAUGAAGGAACAUCUGGAGUCUAUAUACAUGGAUGAGUUUUAG